UGUGGGGGGGGGUGUGAUGGUAAACAACUAACAUGACAGACAUGGCCGACCCUCUGACGGAAAUUUGCUCCCCUGAGGACUUGAAGAUCUUUGAGCGGAAUUACAAUGAGGAAAUGUGUAAAGGGGUGGUUUCAAGCAAGACACAGUUUGAAUAUGCUUGCUUCUUAGUCCGCAGCAAGUACCCAGCAGAUAUUCAGCGAGGUGUGGUGCUCUUGGAAGAGCUUUAUAAGCGCCCAGAUGAAAUUGGGAAACGAGACUACAUAUACUAUCUUGCCAUUGGAAAUGCUCGUUUGAAGGAAUACCAGAUAGCAUUAAAUUAUUUAAAAGGACUUCUACAAGUAGAACCAGCAAACAGACAAGUUUUGGAACUAGAAUCUUGUAUUAAGAAGAGAAUGGAGAAAGAUGCAAUCAAAGGAGCAGCUAUAGCAGGUGGCGCCAUCCUUGGUCUUGGUGCGCUGGUGGGGCUCGGUGUAGCUUUGAGCAAGCGCCACUGAUCACCUUUCCUCAAAUGAAUGUGAUAAUUAGCAGUUAUUUUAAAAGCUGUUGUGGCUUGAAAGGAUCUUUAUUUCACAUUAUUAAUGUACAUUAUAUAUAAUUCCACUAGAUGUGACCUUACUUUUUAAAAAAAAUGAAUGUACAUGUAGCUUUUGAUUCUAUUUCAUGAUUUGUGUUACAUAUUUGCUAGAUUAAUGCAUUACAGCAAGUCAUAGUACCAUAGGAAUGGAGUGUACUGAACUAUAUCUCCUCAUGAUAGUCACUUAGCCACAUCUAUUGCCUCAUGGUGUUUGUAUCCACAUGAUGUGCUGCAUGAAUUCUUCUGGAUUCUUCUUUCACUUAGUCAUUGGCUUAGUGCUCAAGAAAAUAAUUACGUAUAUAACUACAACUACUGUACUGCCAGCUUAAUGCUCAAGAAGGUACUGUAUCACUCCUGUACCACAACUAUUUAAAAAAAGAAUAUACAUAUUUGUAGAUGUAAAUAUAGCCAAACAGGUGAUACACAGUACAGUACUUUGUGUAUUGUAUAUAUAUAUAUUAUGUAUAGCCUUCAAUUGAUAUAAGGUAUAGUUGACUUCAUAAUCUGGUGAAUAUGUUUAGGAAUGAUAUUCUUGAUCUCUAUUAGUGAGGAUUAUGCUUUUGACAUAAGUGUGUAACAUUAAACCUCUUCAUAGUAAGGCAUUAGUUUAUUUGUAUUUCCCAUGACAAAAACACAAAACAUUAGUGAGAUAUCUUUAAUGUAUAAUAGGCUCCCUAUUCAUUCCAAGAUUGUAAUUAAAAUGAAAUUGGAUAUAUUAUAAAAAAAGCUGUAUUUCUAAAUGAGUUGCAAUCUAGGUUGGUCACUUGAGUGUUACCAGUUUACCAAGGUAGCAUGUAUCAGUGUUCUUUAUCUAGAAAUUACUUUUAAAAUAUUUUAGAUAGAAAAUAUCAGCAGAAGUUUCCAGUAAGAAUUUGUUCAUUAUUACCAACAUUUAUCACCUGCUUUGCUAGCAGUUUAGUUUAAGGUUGUAUAAGUAAGACAGUGUAUAGAAGCUGUUGUUUUUUAACACCGGCCUUCUCCCACUGAGACAGGGUGACCCAUAAAAAAAGAAACACUUUCAUCAUCAUUCACACUAUCACUGUCUUGCCAGAGGUGCACAGAGAUGACAGUUCAGAUGGUCAUCCCAACAGCAAAUAUCCCUACCCUUCCUUUAGAGUACAGGCACUGUACUUCUCACCCCCAGUACUCAUGCCAAAAUGCUUUCUUGAAAGAGUCACAUCGAAUUUGUGAUUACUAAAUUAUAAAAAAUUGCUGCAGGGCACUUUGGAAAAAGAGAAAAAAAAAAAAAAUACUACUACAGUGCUGAUCAACUCUCACUGGCUAAGUACUUUUUGUACGUACCUUUAUUACUAAAUUUAUCUGAGACAGUUUAUUUGCAAUACUUAGAAAUACGUAUAUUUAAUAUAUAUUUUGCUGGUUGUAUUUCCAUUUUCAAGGCUUUAUUGAUAGAGGUCAUUGACUUGGAAAAAUGACCUUGUACGAGGUAUACAGUUUCCAACACAUUCAUGAGUUUAAGUAUUUUUGUCAGUCACUUGUAAAUUAUUCUUAUUAAAACAUAGAUAUCUUAUUGCUUCUUAAUAUAUCUACUGCAUAAUC